GCAGCAAGAUCAAUUCUGGGUUUGUGCCUGCCUGCCUGCCUUAAAUCUGUACGGUAGAGAAUGGAAGCAAGAAACAAGUUUGAAGAUGAGAGAACGAAGCGCAUUAGAGAUGGUGGCAAAGCAUAGUGCAGAAGGAGACAACAACAACAAAGUAAUGAUGUUUGAACGUGAGGGCAGCGAAAUGGUUGAGUAUCUCCAGACUGUAGACUCCAUAAUUCAGCGGUUCAGGCACAACGCCAGUUUGGAAACUGCAGAGACCACGGCGAGAAAGCAGCUUUUGGAUGAGUUUGGAACCAUGCUCUCUCACGCCUUCACUCAUCCUCCUACUACUAUUUCAGCAAGUUAUUCAACUUCUGUGAGCAACGCUAGUCUCUUUUUCGGUGAACUCACCGGAACUCUCCUUCCUGAUCUUCACUCCAUUGCACACCGCCUGAGUGCCAUGGGGUUUCUUGAAGAUUGCAAGCAGCUUUACAAGACCAAGCGCCUCGCAUUUAUCGAUGCCACUUUAAGGCGAUUUGGCGUUCAGAAAUUAAGCGCGGUUGAGGUGAAGAGGAUGGAAUGGGAAGCACUGGACAAGGCUGUGGGGAUGUGGUUGAAAGCACUUGUAUUCUGUGUAGAUCUUAUCCCCAUUGAAAAACAGACCCACGACUCCAUCUUCAAAGACGACUCAUCAUCAGCACUUGUGGUGGGAAUAGUGAGGGCUUAUGUCUCACCAUUCCUAGAUUUCACACAGGCAAUUGUCACCAGUCGCACUUCCCCACGCAAACUAUUCAGAUUCCUUGAUUUACACCGCAUCCUAAACAGUACUUUGCGCCCGUCCGUGUUGUUCGAGGUACCCAGAGAUGAUCCUCUGGCGACACAGAUGGAAGAAGCGUUGUCUCAGCUCAUAGAGGCAGCCAAAGUGAGUUUCCAGAAUUUUGAGAGAGCCGUGAACAGGGAGAUUUCGCAUAUUAGCAGUGUCCGAGAGGGUGGUGUUCAUACCACCACAAACUAUGUCAUGGAUUAUAUGAUCAGAUUGAUAUCUGAGUACGGUGAGGAGUGUGAAUGGAUAGUUUCAGGGCCAAGAAAAGUGGAAAUAAGCACAAGGAUCAAUGGCGGCAAUAUCUGUGAGAAAAAAACUAUUGAUGGUAGUGGCCUAUCCCCGUUUGCGUCUCACGUUCUUUGGGUCAUUGCCUCGUUGCUGCGCAGGUUGAAAAGCAAGACCGUCCAACACCAGGACGAUGAUGCUUUUGCUCAAUUUUUCAUGAUGAAUAACCUUAAUUACAUUGUUCAGACGGUGAAUGAGCAGCCAAGUCUAAGAGAGAUAGUAGAAGGGGGUGAUUUCCUGCGUGAUCUUGAAACUGGCCUAUUUGCUACAAAACUCAAAUACCUGGGUUCGACUUGGACCAAAAUUGUACAGGAUUUGGCGCAAUGUUCCACUCCCAAAAAGAUCAAGCUCUUCAACGUCACACUUUUCCGGCAGAGUAGGCGGAGGAAGGAAAUUCUUAGGAAUUUCAAUGAAAUGUUUGGUAAAAUUCAUCAAACUCAAUCUAGGUGGUCGGGAUCUGAUGCCAACCUCAUGCGACAGCUUCGAAAAGUUAUUUUGGAUAGAUUGGUUCCAAGUUAUGAGCAUCUUCUUCAACAACUCUCAGACAAUUCUUCUUGUAAUCCCAUUACUGGCAUCCAAUACUCAGUUGAGGAUGUAAAGAAAGCAAUCUCUCAACUCUUCCAGGGCCGCCCUCCCACAUCCUUUCAAUGAAGAUGAUAUUCUUGAUUGA